AUGUCCUUCAGCCCAAAACAUUCCACUCCCUUCUCGGUCUCAGACAUCCUCAGCCCCAUGGAGGACAGCUACCGGCGCUUCGGAGGAGUGGAGCCCGGCGCAGGGGGCACCGGGCCGGGGCAGGGCGCGUACAGGGCUCAGGUCCCGCAGCCCGGGCUACAAACUCAGCAGCAGCAGCAGCCGCCUCACCUCCACCAUCACCACCACCACCACCACCAUCACCACCUGCCCCAGCACUUGCCCCAGCACUUGCCCCAGCACAUGCCCCAGCACAUGCCCCAACACCUGCAGCACCUACCCGGGCCUGGCUCCGGCUCUGACCCCGCGGCCUCGUCUGCAGCGGCUCCGAGCUUCCACCUGUCCCCGGGUAUGAGCCGCCUGUCCCCGGGCGUGGGGCAGUUGUCUGCGGGGGAGCUGCAGUACCCGGACCCGAGGAGUGGAACGGCCUGGUACAGCCCCGAGCCUCGAUACCCCCCAAUCUCCAGGCUCAUGGGCCCCUCCGCCGCCGUGCCUGUACCGGGGAUGGUGCACCUGUCCGGGAUGGACGGCUCCGGAAAGGCCGCGGUCAUGGCUCUGCAUGGGGCCCCGAGACGAAAGCGGCGCGUGCUCUUCUCGCAGGCGCAGGUGCACGAGCUGGAGCGGCGCUUCAAACAGCAGAGGUACCUGUCUGCCCCGGAACGCGAGCACCUGGCGGGACUCAUCCACCUGACCCCGAACCAGGUCAAAAUCUGGUUCCAGAACCAUCGUUACAAACUGAAGCGGGCGGCGAAGGACAAGGGCGGCGCGCAGGACUCGGACCCGCCCUCGGACCUCGCGCUCCAACUCAAAAAGACUCCCGUCCCUUCGGCUCCUGGACGCACGAGUGCGCAACAGCAUCAACACGUGCACCUGUCCACAGAGGAGCUCGAGGACAUGUCCCCGAGCCCGCCGCUGCACGGGCACAUGACGCACACGGAAGCUUCGCUGAUCGAAACUUACAACAACGUUAUCGGGUCCAGUUUACUGUACGGGAGGACCUGGUAG